GUCAAACUCAUUUUCAUUUCAGAUUUUCAUGUUUCAUGAUGAUGAAUUUCAAUGGAAUCGCAAAUAAAAUCGUGAUUAAGUAAUUUUGGAGCUAAAGUUAAUAAAUAAUUAAGCUAUCACACAGUUUAUUUUUAAUAGCUGCUUAAAACCUGCCCGUCAACAUGGAUAUAAAAUAUUGUCCUCCUAAUGUUACCCUGGGGGAAGUGUGGGUAGACCAUGGCAUCUCCCAGUGCUUCAUGGAAACGGCUUCGGCUGCCAUCAUUGGUGGUUUCCUUCUGAUUUUCGGAAUCAUACAAAUAGUCAUGUAUAAAAGGUAUGCCACAGAAGUGAUGGAUGUGAGAAGCUCCCGGUUGUUUGCCGUUCAACUGUGCUUCACCCUGUUCAUUCCCGUUCUAGCCAUCACUCGGUUUCUGCUGCAGGCGUUCAUGUUCAAAGGAGGACAUGUUUAUGGAUAUAUGAUAGUGGCACUAUCAAUGAACCUGAUAGCGUUCCCGCUGUCGGCCUACCUGGCCAUCCUCGAGCGGCGCUUCCUGCUGCCGUCGGUGCCGCCGCGGGGCCACGGGUUUGUGCUGCUCGUGUUCUGGGCCCUGGUGUUUGUGGCCGAGAACCUGUCCUUCCUGAACCUGAAUAAGGAGGGCUGGUGGUGGCAUUUGAAGGAUCUCCAAGACCGCCUAGAGAUGGCGCUGUUCGUGGGCCGCUACGUGUCGUGCAUGGCGAUAUUCGUGCUGGGGCUGAGGGCUCCUGGCAUCAUGCACCAGUUCGAGUAUCUCGACAAUGAUGACAUGCGACGGAAUAUUCCGCCCAGGAACGAAAACCGCUCGACAUUCCGCAAUGUGUUCAGCAAGUUACGCACUCUACUCCCGUUCCUAUGGCCUCGCAAGAGUGCGUGCCUUCAAGUGCACGUCAUGGUCUGUGUCCUGCUGCUGGUGGCCGGAAGAGUUAUCAACUUAUACGUGCCCAUUUACAAUAAGCUGAUUGUGGACAGCAUAUCGAUCCCUCCGCUCCUGUUCCGAUGGGACCUGGUGGUGAUAUACGUGCUGUUUAAGUUCCUGCAAGGUGGCGGCACAGGAGGCAUGGGGCUGCUUAAUAAUUUGCGAUCAUAUCUCUGGAUUAAAGUUCAACAGUACACUACUAGGGAGAUUCAGCUGGAACUAUUUCGCCAUCUCCACGGUUUACCACUAAGAUGGCAUUUGUCUCGUAAGACCGGGGAAGUCCUGAGGGUCAUGGACCGAGGCACGGAUUCCAUAGACAACCUGCUGUCGUACAUACUGUUCUCUAUAACGCCUACGCUAGUGGAUAUAGUGAUAGCGGUCGCGUACUUCAUUCACGCUUUCAACAUCUGGUUUGGACUGAUCGUGUUUUCAACUAUGAUUCUAUAUAUUUUCAUAACGAUAGCGGUAACAGAAUGGCGCACAAAGUUCCAGAGGCGCAUGAACCAAGCGGACAAUGACCAGAAGGCGCGCUCAGUGGACUCGCUGCUCAACUACGAGACUGUCAAAUACUACGGUGCAGAGAACUAUGAGGUGGUGUCGUAUAAGGACGCUAUUAUUAAAUAUCAGGGAGAAGAAUUUAAAUCUUUGAUUACGUUGAACAUAUUGAACACACUACAGAACGUAAUAAUAUGCUCAGGUCUUCUGGCGGGUUCUCUGCUCUGCGUGUCUCUGGUAGUAGACGAGAAGUCGUUGACUGUCGGUGACUACGUACUGUUUGCGUCCUACAUCAUACAGUUAUAUGUGCCGUUGAACUGGUUCGGAACCUAUUACAGAGCGAUCCAGAAGAACUUCGUCGACAUGGAGAACAUGUUCGACUUAAUGCGAGUGGACUCGGACGUGAAGGACGCGGCGGGCGCGCCCGAGCUGCGCGUGCGCGGCGGCGCCGUCGAGUUCAAGCACGUGUCGUUCGGCUACGGGCCCGAGAAGCUCAUACUGAAGAAUGUCAGCUUUAAGGUGGCUGCUGGGACCACUGUUGCCUUGGUCGGCCCCAGCGGCGCGGGCAAAUCAACCGUAAUGCGCCUCCUAUUCCGCUUCUACGACGUGAACGAGGGCGCGGUGACUGUGGACGGCCAGGACGUGCGCUCCGUGACGCAGGCCUCGCUCAGAGCGAAUAUAGGAGUGGUUCCCCAAGAUACUGUGCUGUUUAAUAACUCUGUCAGAUACAACAUACUGUACGGACGACUGGAUGCUUCUACAGCUGACGUAAUUUCAGCUGCCAAGAACGCAGACAUUCACGACAGAAUACUCACAUUCCCAGACGCUUAUGACACUCAGGUGGGAGAAAGAGGUCUAAGGCUAAGUGGAGGUGAGAAGCAGCGGAUAGCGAUCGCGCGGACAAUACUCAAGGACCCCGCGAUCGUGCUACUGGACGAGGCCACGUCCGCUCUGGAUACCAACACUGAGAGGAAUAUACAGGCGGCGCUAGCACGAGUCUGCGCUAACAGAACGACGCUGAUCAUCGCGCACAGACUGUCUACCAUCAUCCACGCAGAUGAGAUACUAGUGCUGAGUGAAGGAGAGAUCGUUGAGAGGGGCAACCACGACGCUCUCCUAGCCCAGGGCGGCAUUUACGCGUCCAUGUGGCAGCAACAGCUGGAAAACCGAGGCAGUCCCAACGACAACAACAACGGAGAGGGCGCCACCAUCAACACGGACCAUAGAGGAUCCAGCCAGACCAACGGCUUCGGCGCACUCGGCCACGGCCACGGACACUAGACCAUAGACAAGGGAGAAAACACGCGAAACGAACCAUAGACUCAACAUGGCCGCCGACCGGAAGGUAGAUCAAUUAUAGUCUAUGCAUGUGUGAUAUUGAUAUAAAUGAACUAAAAUGGCUUGUUCCAAACGGUUCAAGUUAAAAAUUAAUAAUUGUUUAUUGAAGGCAUAUCGUUUUUACAAGCCGUUUUAUUGACCAAAUGAAUAAUGAAUUAUGUGACUGAUUAAUUACUUAUGGAGAGUGCCAUUGCGGAAUUUUCGAAUGGUUGCGUAAAUGUAAGUAACAUUAGUGGUAAAAAAACUAUGAUUUAUUUAUGUAAGCUGUUAGAAUGUGAUCACUUUUGUAUAUUAGAAUAACAGCAUAAUAACAGUUUACCCUCAUCAAGUCAAAUGUUGCAACGUAAGUUGACAUUGUGAUAAUGUAUCUUUGUUGUAACAACAACUAUAAUUAAUAGUAUUAAUAUUAUUUUGAUAUCGUCAUGGGAAAUUAGGGUGCAGUGCUUGUGUUAAUAAAAUGUUGAUUUUA